AUGGCCUCGGCGGCGGCGGUGGCGGCAACGACCGGCGAAGCGGAAGAGACCACCCGGCUGCGCAAGCCGCGCUUCUCCUUCGAGGAGAACCAGAUCCUGAUCCGGGAGGUGCGCGCUCACUACCCGCAGCUGUACGGCGCGCAGAGCCGUCGGGUGAGUGUGGCCGAGCGGCGUCGCGUGUGGGACGGCAUCGCCGCCAAGAUCAACGGCAUCAGCAGCUGGAAGCGCACCGGCCAGGAGGUGCAAAAGCGCUGGAACGACUUCAAGCGGCGCACCAAGGAGAAGCUGGCCCGCGUGCCGCACUCCACGCAAGGCACCGGGCCCGCCGCCGAGGACGCCUUCUCCGCGGAGGAAGAGACCAUUUUUGCCAUUCUGGGACCCGGCGUCACGGGGCCAGGAAUUGAGGAGGAGCCCGCGGCGGCGUCAGCGUUGGCGGCGGCGGCGGCGACUGCGUCCCCGCAGCCGACCGCACCCGGCGCCGGCGCCGUCGCUUCUCGCUAUGCGCUGUCGGACAGCCGCAGGGAGGAGCGGCGAGCAGAAGCUCCAGCCCACGGCAAGGGUGGCUCCAGCAGUCCGCAGCCCUGGGCCCGGCCUCCAUCCAGCCAUGCCCAGGAAGGGGGCUGCCCACGGCCCAAGGAGCGUGAGUGCCCACCCUCUGCAGCCCCCCAGCCCGUCCAGCUGCCCCGGCUGGCCUUGUCUCCACCCCCCUCGGCCCCUCCUCCACUGCCACCCGCAGCACCUGCACAAGUGGCACUCUCGCCACCUCCGAGGCCUCCAUCCAUGUCCUCCAACCCAGAACCCUCACUGGACUUCCUGCGAGCUCAGCAGGAAACCGCCAGUGCCAUCCGGGAGCUGGCGGACACCCUGCGGCAGGGACUGGCCAAACUGAGCGAGGCUCUCAGUGCCCUGCUGCCCCUCCUGCCGGGAACCCCAGGGGAGCCACGGGCCUCACCUCCACUGCCACCGCCUCCGCUGCCGUCCCCGCCGCCCCCACCCCCUCCUGGGCCUGUCCUGCCCCCGCCUGCCCCCAAGGUGGAGCUCAGCCCGGAGCCCGUGUCCGUGGUGGCUGCUGUAGUGGACGGAGCCGUCGUGGCGAACCGGGGGGUGAUCAUCGCCCCCAGGAGCGAGGAAGGGGCACCCCGGCCGCCCCAAGCAACCCUGCCUCCCCACGACUCGCCCCCACACAAGAGGCGAAAAGGUUUCCCCACGCGGAAGAGGCGGGGCCGAUGGAAAUCGCCUUAAGGUUCAUUUUGCUGCUCUGCCUGCAUCCCCCUUGGUCCCCAGCUUGGCGCGGGCGCGGGGCCGAGCGCCCCCAGCCCUUGUGCUAGUUAGUGCCUGAUUCUCCUGGAGGUGGGGCGGGGGGUUCGCCGCCAGGCUGUCCUCUAGCCCCCCCUUUAUACUGCUGUCUGCCUGGCUGCCUCCCCGCAACCCUGAAAAAGCCAUCAACAAUUUUCUGUUCAUUUAUUCCCCCCACACCCACCCCGCGCUGCCCUGCGCAUGGGGGGUGGGCGAGGACUCCUGCGGGUCUGCACACAGCCCCUUCCCCAACAUGUCCUGUUCGUGACUUGAAGAGACCUGACCCGUGAGGAGCUCGCCCCCCAUCCAUCCCAGCCUUUGGAAAGGGUGGACCUUGCUAGACAAACCUAAAUGUGGGUGGCGACAGCGAGAGGUGGGGAGGAGGUGGACUCGCUGCCCUCACCUGCAGAGCUGCACCCCUCAUCCCUCUCUCAGUAAUGACGA